UCACUGUGACUCAGCUGCACUCGCCCUCCCGGAAACAGCCUCUGCACCUCGCACACAGUGCGGGGAGGUGACCCAGAACCCGGCCCCAGGCUGCAAGCACAGCGUGAAAGCUUUGUGCAACUGAGAAACCCACCCGGGGCGGUGACCCAGGCCAGGUGGAGCUGGGCUGGGGGACAGAUUCCUCUGCACUCCCAAACGGUGCAAUCCACGCCUGAGCGUAAGGCCUCCCCGGCAGCGCUCCGUGGGGCUCUGGGGCAGGAGUGGCUGCCGCAGGUGUGGGCAGGUGGGCAGUGGCGUGUGCUCCGAGGGGCUCUUGGCAGGGGCUGGGCCAAAGCGAUGGCUAGCACGAGCCCAGCAGAAGAAGACCAGGGGAACAGAAGCAUCCACUCCGACAACAUCCCCACCGUACACAAUGUCCCCAUGAGGGUGCUCAUCAGACCCAUCCCCUCAGCCCUGGAGGAGAGCAAGGUGACGAGUCUCAUGAAAACCAUCCAGGAGAAAGCGGACAAGGUGCCCCCCAUAGACAUCCUCUGGAUCAAAGGCAGCCAAGGGGGGGAUUAUUUCUAUUCCUUUGGGGGGUGUCACCGCUACGCAGCGUACAAGCGGCUGAACAGGGAGACCAUCCCUGCCAAAAUCAUCCCGUCGAACAUCAGCGACCUUCGCACCUACCUGGGCGCCUCCACCCCUGACCUGCGCUAGGAGCCGCUCGCUGGUCAGAACAGACCUUCCGCACCAGACCUGUGGCGGGAGCCCGAUUCCUGGAGCCCAGAGCCACCUACCUUAUCUCAGAGACCCGCUAUCAACCCCAGGAAUGGGAGCUGCCUGCUUGACCCCUCCACACCCAACCUCACCUGCAGGGGGAGCCCUUUGCCGGACUCCAGGGACUCUGCACCUGCCACCUGGGAUGUCCCAGGCUGAAGCAGCCAGGGGCACCUGUCUUGCAACGGGAGCUAAGCCCGGGACGGUUUUCUGCAUUUCUUUGCUGUGUCUCUGUUGCUGCUGGUCUCCCCAGGAGCUGAGAUCUGCCAGGGACCUUGAAGCAGGCUGGGCAGAAAUGCCUCUAUGCAGAGGCCAUGCUCCCGGCUGCAGGUGGGAUGGGGCGGGGUUGCAGCUGCAGGAGUGUCUAUCGCCCAUAAGCAUGAGGGAGCCUUGCUUCCCAGCCUCAAUGGGCGGGCAAGGAGCAAGGCCAGAGCCCAGAUAUUAAGGGAAAGGAGGGGAGGUCAGGCGUGUCCCAGCGCUCAGC